AUGCCUCAGUGGACCAGGGAACAGGUCGAUGCUCAGAUCGACAAGGCGCUCAAGACUCGCUUGGAGGGGAACGAGGCGUUCAAGACGGGCGACAUGACGUUGGCGCUGAGGAAGUACCACGAGGUGUUGUUCUCGCUCAAGGGUCUCGACGGGCAGCUCACGAGCGUCUAUGGGCCGAGUCAGGCGCCUGCGCCGAUCACGGAGGUGACGGACGAGGAGGUUGAGGCGAUUGCGAGCACGAAGCCGGUCGACGAUCCCGACUCGAAGCAAGCUGCCGUCAAGAGCGCGCUCCUCAACACCUACCUCAACAGCGCGGCCGUCUACAUUAAGCAAGAGCGUUGGCAGCGCGCGCUCGAUGCCGCUACCGCCGCGAAGAAGUACGACGAGGACAACGCGAAAGCCCUCUUCCGCGAAGGCCAGGCGCGCAUCGGUCUCGGCGAGAUCAACACGGGCAAGCGUAUCCUCGAGGACCUCCAGGUCAAGAACGGCCCGGACGCGGCGAUCACGGCUGCGUUGCAGAAGCUUGCGGCGGACGAGAAGAAGCGCGAGGAGGCUAAGAACGCGCAGUUCCGCGGGAUGUUCAACCGCAAGAACGGGUCGGAGCAGUCGUCGAAGGAGAAGCCCGCCGAGGGAAAGGCGGCGACCGCCGAGGCUUCCGGUCCCGCUGCUGGCGAGACAGCGACGUUGGAGGAGGAGGAGGAGGAGGAGGGAGACGAUGUCAAGGACGACUCGUCAAGGGAGGGAGCCGCGACGGAGUCGUCGAAGGUGGAGGAGCCGUCGACGGUCGCCUGA